GGCACAAUGACUGAGCAGCAAAGUCCCCCCGAGCAGAUGGCGACUGGGGAGGGUGCUGGUGAGCGAGGUGGCAAUUACAAGAUCACGAUCUACGAGCUGGAGAAUUUCCAGGGGAAGAAGUGCGAGCUGACGGAGGAGCUCCCCAGCAUCACUGAGAAAGAGCUGGAGAAGGUGGGCUCCAUCCAGGUGGAGUCUGGCCCGUGGCUGGGCUUCGAGCGGCAAGCCUUCGCUGGGGAGCAGUUUGUGCUGGAGAAGGGGGACUACCCACGCUGGUGCCCCCCCAGCCACAACAGCGACAGCCUGAUGUCCAUCCGUCCCCUCCAGAUCGACAGCCCCGACCACAAGAUCCACCUCUUCGAGAACGCAGGCUACACGGGGCGAAAGAUGGAAAUCGUGGACGAUGACGUCCCCAGCCUCUGGGCCCAUGGCUUCCAGGACCGUGUGGCCAGCGUCAGGGCCCUGAAUGGAACGUGGGUGGGCUACGAGUACCCCGGGUACCGGGGCCGCCAGCACGUCUUCGAGAAGGGCGAGUACCGCCACUGGAACGAGUGGGACGCCAACCAGCCCCUCAUCCAGUCCGUGCGCCGCGUGCGGGACCAGCAGUGGCACCAGCGGGGCUGCUUCGAGAACAGCUGAGGGAUGCCCCAGCCGCACGCUGCCCCCACUGCCGCUCGUGCCGGGGGCUGGCUCACGUGAUGCCGCCGGCUGAUGCCGUGACCUUGGUGUUUUUUUGUGUAAUAAACCUCAAUAAAGCUCUGAGCUG